AUGGAGUCUGCCUUUACAAAUUUGAAUAGGAAGAUAUGGUUGUUCUUUGAUGUUGUGGUGGAGUGGGAAUUGAUUGUGGAGACUAAUCAACAGGUGACUGUCAAAGUCUUUCACUAUGACAUUGGUCAGCAUAUCAUGAUGACUUUUGUGUAUGCAAGGUGUUCAUCUUUAGAGAGAUUGGAAUUAUGGGAUAACCUAUACUAUAUGGAAAGUGAUAUGGAGCUUCCUUGGUUAGUAGGAGGAGACUUUAAUGUGAUAUUACAUGAAGAUGAGAAGAUAGGGGGCUUACCAGUUCAUCCUCAUGAAUAUGAGGAUUUUGCAUUCUGUGUCAAUUCUUGUGGGCUGUUUGAUCAAGGCUAUAAAGGAAGCCCAUUUACUUGGUGGAAUGGAAGACCUAAUGCUGAAUGUAUAUUCAAGAGAUUGGACAGGAUUUUUGUGAAUUUACCAUUUCAGAAUAUGCUACCCUCAAUUAAAGUGGAACAUUUGAUUAGAACUGGCUCAGAUCAUGCACCAUUACUUAUGACUUGUAGAGAGCAGACUACCAGUUUUGUCAAGCCUUUCAGAUUCUUGAACUUUUGGACAAAACAUGCUACAUUUAAGGAGGUGGUGAGACAAAGUUGGGAUGCUGAUUUCAUGGGAGAUCCAUUUCUAAUGUUCAAACACAAGCUGAAGAAGUUAGCAAUUCUGGAAGACAUUGUUAAAGUUAAGGAGAUGCUGUUUGAGGAGGAACCUACAAUUAAGAAUAGAAUUAUUCUCCAAAAAGCUCAGGCAGAACUGAAGAAAUACUUGAGUAUACAUGAGCAGUACUGGAAACAAAAAGUUGCGAUGAUAUGGUUUGCUGAGGGAGAUAGAAACACUAGCUUCUUUCACAAUCAUGUCAAUGGCAAAAGGAAGAAGCUGCAAUUGAAAAGGAUCCAUAAUGGAGAUGGAGAUCCUACAGAUUUCUCUAUGCUGGAGAAUGUACCUACUGUUACUUUGGAGAAGAAUUUGGAGUUGUGUAGAUUUCCAACCCUCGAAGAGGUUAAGGCUGCAAUUUUUGAGCUAAGUAGGGAUUGUGCCAAUGGUCCUGCCUAUCACUCAUACAAACUUGGUAUUGUUGCUAAAGAAUCCAAGAGUGCAGACAUUCUCAAACUUAAGACCAAUAAGUUUGAGCAAUUUCAUCAAUAA